UUUCACAUCGUGUUCAUAUUUUUCGCAUUGUUUUUGAGCCUCUACUAUGUUUAUUUCCUACUAUGCAAGUGCCGCUGUGUUGUCCUCUCCUGUAAAGAUUUAUUCUAAUAGUAAACGAUAUUCGAUUUGUCUAAAAAUUUACUUUGUUGGUGAAGGCUGAUAUGAACUCCUGACUUCUGAGUAAGAUACACUUUUUUUAGCAACUGCUUUAAAGGCAACUGCAUUCAUCCGUCAGAACAGGCAACAUUGAAAUAUCUUUACGCCUUUAAUGCUUGGGAGCUGAUCCGAACUAUUGGCAUCGGGAAAAGGGUAAUCGGCCUCUGCACGUGGCUGCCAAAGCUGGACAAGCAUCGCAGGCGGAACUGUUAAUUGUAUGCGGCGCUGAUCCAGGUGCUCCUGAUCGCUUGGCGUUCUUCUUAUGCAAUCGUCGACCGGAUCAUGCAGCCGGACAGCACUUCCCAUACCAGAAAUGGGGGAUCACUCUUCUGAUCUGUCAGAGCUUUCGAAAAGCGCUCGACGAGCAUUGCAUGCGCUCAGUAACAGCCUUUUGGAAACGUUAGCUAUGGAAGUGGAAAGUACGUUGAAGUGGAUCGGCGCGAAACGGAAGCUGCUUGCCAAGGAGAGGAUGCUCACACGCCCACACACCGCCGCCCAUCCGGAUUUUUGCCGGUUAAUCCGAAAUUAUCUUCGACGCAUAAUCAAAUGCGUCAGAAACUGGGCACGCUAAACUCCCGUGACUUAGCCGGCCUGAUCAUUGAUUUGCUGACCGAAAUACGGCGUCGUCAAGGCGGCGGUGACAGCGCGCGGGCCCUUCCUGCUCCCGUGCCAACACCCCAGCAGGCGACGAUUCUUUCCGUUUCCAGAGCGGCUUCGCGCGGGCCUAGCACUGAACGGGAAGUCGAUCGAGAUGUCGCAACCCGGGAAAGUCCGGUGUACGACGUGACGCUGGACGAUCGUGAGGAUGAAGACUAUUUGGAUUUUGCGCCAGCUGCCGGCGCCACCCGUGGAAAUGCGCAAGUGGUGCGCGCGGGAAAGGAGCCCAUUUAUGCUCAGGUGCGGAAUGUGCGUUUGACACGGGAGACCAGCCAGCAGAGUGUGACGGCGGAGCAGUAUAUGGAGAUGAAGAAGGCAUUGGAUGAGGCGAUAGCACGGGGAAAGAUCUGUCAAGAACGGUGGAUGCUUGAUGCGAAAUGAUCUCGAGCGCUUGAACAACCAAGUUUCCGUUUUGCUGAGCGAUCAGUCGAGGAAGAUCCAGGAGUGUGGCAAUAUGCCGGGAGGCUCAGAUUCAUCUGUGGCACGUCCCGUUCCAUUUCCGCGAACGCUUCGGGAUGACUCCCGACUUGCAGAUACAAACGAAGAAUCUAACGGAAACAUUGACGGGUCUCCGAAGAGGAGCAUCCGGCCGGACCAGGAAUCGGUCAGUGGGUACACGUCCCAAAUCACACAAUCCAUCCAUGAGCUCAAGCGCGCGGCGGAAAACGAAGAUCAUAACGUACUGAGUAAAUGUUCGCAGAGAAUCCACACCUUGACCCAUAAUCUCUGCAACCACUGUUUACCCUUUAUGGAUGGAGAACGGCCAGCGGCGUUGUCCGACCUUUUGACCAGCUCCAACCGACUUUUGACAGAUUGUCUGGAGUUUGUAAAUGAAACUACAUCGGGUUUUCCGGAUGGAGAUGCGGACAGAUCGCCAGGCGAUAACAGAGCUAGUAAAACUAAAGCGGCGCUGAAACAGAUGCUCAUCGACGAUGCGUCGAUGCCUAUAAUGUGGCUAUGGGUUUGAAGAAUAUUCUUUUGCUUUACACGAGCUUGGGCAACAAUG